AUGUGGGAUCAAGCCAUGAACCUGAAUGCACGCGGCGCUUUUGCAUUGGUCAAGGCAGCGCUACCACAUCUCACGCCUUACAAACCGGCCGACCCUCCGAACAUGUCCGGCGCUAUUGGCGGCUCCCGCAUCAUUAUGGUAGGGUCAGCGGCGUCCCGAGUCCCGAAGCCGACUCAAGGAAUCUACGCAGCAACCAAAGGGGCUUUGGAUGCAAUCUUGCGUGUUUGGGCAAAGGAACUGCCACCGAAGUACGGCUGCACCGUCAACAUGGUUGCCCCAGGCCCAGUACUGACAGAGAGCUUUCUGGAGCACUUCUCACCCGAAGAAUGGGAAGGAUUGAGAGAACUUUUCAUUAGAGACACGCCGGUGGAAGGUGGUGCGGCAUCUACUGAAGAUGUCGCAUGGGCAGUUGCAUUCUUGGCCGAGGAGCGAUCACGCUUCAUCAACGGCGAGUACAUGUUUGUGACGGGUGCUGAGUAA